AUGAUUCCGACACGGCAGAGUCUUCGUCGUGUUUGGGCGUCGACCCAUACUAUGGCAUCGUCGAGGCGAUCACGUAUCAACGGUGCCUCGAUAAUUCGCCACCAAGCGGUGCCUGGUCUCGCAUCGAUGCCAUCAGCACGCUUGCAUACAGGCCAGGUCGCGAUGAUGCCGCGCCACAAAAACGGAUCAUAUCGUAUGAUGAUGGAUCGUCAGGAUCCUGAAGAACAAGAGAAGGAAAAGAAGGAAUCACAGCCAGCCGAGGCCGCCGCGGACGACUCUGCGCCCAAACAAGAACAACGACAGCUGUCGGACGCCAACGAAGGUGAAGGCGCUGCACGAAGUGCAGGCCAAGGCUCAAGUGCAGGCAACGCUGGCGAGAAUGGCAAUGGUCAUGACGACGAUGGUAAGAACGACAAGCCUGCCGCCCUGGUCUCACGCAACACCGUCCCAAGCGUAUACCCGCAGGUGUUGGCCUUACCGAUUACGCGCCGUCCCCUCUUCCCUGGCUUCUACAAAGCUGUUGUGAUUAAGAACCCUGACGUAUGUGCUGCCAUUAAAGAAGCGAUGAAGCGUGGGCAGGCGUAUGUGGGUGCGUUCUUGCUCAAGGACGAGGAAGAGGACACGGAUGUCAUUGCCAGCUUAGAUCGCGUCCAUCGUGUAGGUGUGUUUGCGCAGGUGACCAGCAUUUUCCCUGCACAGCCCAAUGCACGAGGGGAUGGGCCUAGUGAAGAUGGGUUGACGGCGGUUCUGUACCCCCAUCGCCGCAUCAUCAUUGACGAUCUCAUCACACCUGUACCGGAAGAGAACAAGGAGAUCAUCACACAUGCGACCGAGACGCCCAUGACAGAGGAGGCGAGUGUUACAGAGAUCUCCACGGAAGAGACUGAGAAGGCCACAGAAUCCAGUGCUACAGCGCCGUCGGAAAGUGUGGUGGAGGACACGGCGGCAUCGGCGUCUCCCAAAGAGCAGGAGAUUCCUUCUCACACGCCGCCCUUCCAAACGGCAUUUUUGCACAAGUACAAAGUGUCGCUGGUCAACGUGUCCAACCUGGAAAUGGAGCCGUACGAUCGCAAGCCAAACCAAUAUAUCCGGGCGAUCAUGUCGGAGCUUAUUAGUGUGUUUAAGGACAUUGCCAACCUGAACCCACUGUUCCGUGAUCAGAUUGCGAACUUUAGCAUCUCACAAGGCGCUGGUAAUGUAUUUGAAGAGCCAGAGAAGCUCGCUGACUUUGCCGCGGCUGUGUCUAGCAGUGAAGUGGACGAGCUGCAAGGCGUGCUGGAAUCCAUGGAUGUGGAAGAGCGUCUGCAGAAAGCGUUGCUAGUUCUGAAGAAGGAGCUGGUGAACGCGCAGCUGCAGAGCAAGAUUAGCAAGGAUGUGGAGAACAAGAUCCAGAAGCGCCAGCGUGAAUACUAUCUGAUGGAGCAGUUGAAGGGUAUUAAGAAGGAGCUUGGAUUGGAGACAGAUGGCAAAGACAAGCUGAUUGAGAAAUUUAAGGAGAAGGCGGAGAAACUGAACAUGCCGGACGAAGUGCGGAAGGUGUUUGAUGAGGAGCUCGCGAAGCUGCAGACGCUGGAGCAGGCGGCCAGUGAAUUCAACGUCACGCGUGGCUAUCUGGAUUGGCUUACGAGCAUUCCGUGGGGUGUGCAUUCGCCGGACAACUAUGCGAUCAACCGUGCGACCGAAGUGCUCGAUGAAGACCACUUUGGCUUGACGGAUGUGAAAGACCGUAUCCUAGAGUUCCUUGCCAUCGGUAAGCUGCGUGGUACAGUGCAAGGCAAGAUUAUUUGUCUGGUUGGACCGCCUGGUGUCGGUAAGACCUCCAUCGGCAAGUCCAUUGCGCGUGCGUUGGACCGCCAGUUCUUCCGGUUCAGUGUAGGUGGCCUGAGUGAUGUGGCCGAAAUCAAGGGCCACCGUCGGACGUAUGUGGGUGCCAUGCCAGGCAAGGCCAUCCAAGCACUGAAGAAGGUCGGCACGGAGAACCCGUUGAUUCUCAUUGAUGAGGUCGACAAGAUUGGACGUGGCCACAAUGGCGAUCCGUCCUCGGCCUUGCUGGAAAUGCUCGACCCGGAACAAAACGGCUCGUUUAUGGACCACUACCUCGAUGUCCCUGUGGACCUAUCGCGUGUGCUCUUUGUGUGCACAGCCAACACACUCGAUACCAUUCCCCAGCCACUACUCGACCGUAUGGAGGUGAUUGAAGUGUCGUCGUACACGGCCGAGGAAAAACGCCACAUUGCGCGCGACUACUUGGCUCCGCAGGCACAGGAAGCGUCUGGCUUGAAGGGUGCGGAUAUCACGUUGCCGGACGAAUCGAUUGAUUUCAUUAUCAAACGCUAUGCCCGUGAAAGUGGUGUGCGUGGUCUGCGCAAACUGUUGGAGAAGGUGUAUCGUAAGGUGGCGUUUGACAUUGUGAAAGAGCAUGGAGAGAGUGUGUUCCCAGAACCGAGUGAUGUUUCUGCAACGGCCACCGACACACCGUCGUCUGAAGAGUCGAACGCACAAUUUACUACGACGCCGCGGGAGCCGAUGCAAGUUCCUUCCUCCGUCUCCAUUGUGAUUACGGAAGAGCAGCUGCGCAAGUACCUGGGACCGCCUCUAUACCACAAAGACCGCUUAUACACACAAACCAUGCCGGCUGGUGUGGCGCUAGGCUUGGGCUACCUAGGCAACGGCUCAGGCUCGUUGAUGCCGAUCGAGACUACGCUGAUGCCUGGCAAGGGCCAGUUGAAGUUGACAGGCAAGCUGGGUGACGUGAUCAAGGAGAGUGCUUCCAUUGCUCUUUCCUGGGUCAAGACACAUGCGCAUGACCUGGGCUUGACUAAGGAACAAGACGAGUCGCUGCUCGAGAACCGUGAUGUGCACCUGCACAUGCCCGAGGGCGCCGUGGGCAAGGAGGGCCCUUCUGCGGGUGUGGCCUUUGCCACAAGUCUCAUUAGUCUUCUGACUCACCGUGCUCUGCCUACAACCUUGGCCAUGACGGGCGAAGUAUCGUUGCGCGGUAUGGUGCUGCCUGUCGGUGGUCUGAAAGAAAAGCUGCUGGCCGCGCACCGCGCGGGGAUCAAGACAGUGAUUCUGCCCGCACAAAACAGGCCGAGUGUCGAGGCGGAUGUCCCGCGAAGUGUCUUGGACGACUUGGAAGUGCACUACGUGACCAACAUCUGGGCGGCGCUCGAGAUCGCGUUUGGGCCAGGAUCCUGGAGCGAGCCGGCGCGCGUCUGGAGCGCGAACGAGACGCCAGAGGCAGCUAGCCAAUAA